AACCGCAUUAAAAAGAGACCAAGAUGUCCGACUCAGACAGUGAUGAUGAAUACACUUGGAUGGACAGAUUGAAACCAAUUCAGAGACAUUGGGUAAAAGAAAAUCACCGAUUUGUUCCUACAAAGGCUUCAAAAUUUGUUUCUGAAAAAGUCCGAAUGCAUGACAGGAUAUUGAUAAUCGGAUCUGCAGGCUCAGGGAAAUCUGCCAUAGCAAAGAAUAUCGCCAUCAAGUAUGCCAUGAAGAAGAAAAAAAUCUCGUACAUCAAUGCCAUGGACGACCUACAACAUCAAAUUCCAACCAAGAUUGGAACUAAUGUAGAUAUCUUUGUUGUUGACGACCCUAUAGGACAAUCCCAAAUUGAUCCUUUGGCUUGUCAAUGGUGGAAAGCGCAGAAGGAUCAAUUGGACCAUUUCUUAAGGCUUGGAAAUCUUGGAAAAAAGGUUGCACCAAAUAUGAGGAUUUUAGUCACAUGCAAAUCAGAUAUUAUAAGAAAUAACAUGUCACUUUUUAAAUAUUACACAGUUAUCGAUAUCGACGAUGAUUCACUAGCAUUAACAAAUGACGAAAAGGAGAAUAUUUUGAAAAGUCAUGUAGAUAUUUCCAACCUAGAUGAAAAGGAUAAAGAGAUAAUCAUGGGAUCAAACAAAGCAUUUCCUAUGUUAUGUCAGACUCUUGCCUGUAAUAAAACUUUUCAAAAGAACGUGAAGACAUUUUUUCAAAAUCCCUGCGAUUCAAUCACCGAGGACGUUCUAAAUCUGAAAGAUGUCGCUAAAGAAAAAUACCUGGCGUUGUUUCUGGUUACGAUAGGAGAUAACUUGAUUAAGAAGGACGACUUUCUAUCAGAUUGUGCAUUAAAAAAACAAGAUGACAGUAUAAACAAUGAUGACAAUGAUGAUGAUGAAAGUGGAAUUAACAUUACGAACGAGAUUCUUCAACACAUGUUAAAAGUAUUUGGACUUCCAGAAACUACAACUCCACAAUCUAUUGUAUAUAGUUUGGAAACCUUAACAGGACCAUAUCUAAAAGAUAUAAAUGGUGCAUUUCAGUUUCAAAAUAGCUUGUUAUUUCAAACAUGUCUCCUGCUGUAUUGCAGGCAGGUUCCCGAGAUGUUUUUAAAAUAUUGUGAAUCUGCAAUGUUUCGAAAAUAUUGUUAUGAGGAAACCGACCAGCAUUUCAGCCUAAAGGUAUACCUUGAGGGCAGUUUUAUCGAACACUAUGUAAAGAGAAUAGCAAGUGACAUUUUUGAUGGAACAUUUCUUGACGUGUUCUUGAGCCCUUGGACAAGUGAUGAAAGAAUGAUAAAGGUUAUGGAGAAUAUGAUAGACAGCAAAAGGGCAGAGGAAAUAAUGGAGUUGGCAUUGAUUCCAGAACUGUCUAAAGAAGAGAUUGGGCUGAAAGUAUGGAGAAAGAAGGAAAGGAAAAAUCUGAGAGGGUUUUCGAAAUUAGAUCUCAUCACAUAUGGAAAGAGAAUUUCUCCAAUAAUUUUGUCUUUGCUUUUUAACCAUGACAGAAUAUUUUCUGCUAUGUUUGAAAAGCUUCAGUCUUUUACACCUAGUAUCAUCAAACUCAAAAACGAACCGUUGUUGGGCGCCAUUUGUGCAAAUGGCAAAAAAGAACUGGCCUCUAAAAUAUUUGAGUAUUUCGGGAAAGACCAGCUAAAUUAUAUGUGGAAUGAAGAGGAUAAAAUACAUUCUCUUCACAUUGCUGCAAAUUUCCAUCAUAACGAAAUUUUGCAAUGCAUAUUAGAUGAAAAUCAAAACGUCAAUUUUACCACUGUUUUGAAUGAAACACCUCUCUUUCUAGCAAUUUCCAGUGAGAUACAUGACCUUUUCAGUUUGCCUACAAAAUUAAGCACAGAGAAAAAUGAAGAUGGAUUGUUGAAAACUCUUAAGGAACUCAUUGAAAGGGGUGCAAAUAUUAAUACUUAUCCAGAUUUCACUCAACCUCCUUUAGCUCUUGCUUGCAACAAAACCGAUAUCAGACCCUUUCAACUGCUUCUUGAAAAUGGAGCAGAUCUUGAUGAGGACUCUAAAUACAGCGCUUUGCAAUUCGCUUCUAAGCUUGGGCAUACUGAAAUUGUGAAAACUUUGUUGGAAAAAGGCGCCGAUAUCAAAGUUUAUCCGGGUAGAAAAUACACUCCUUUGUAUUAUGCAGCACGGGAAGGCCAUCAUGACAUUGUUGAGAUUCUCUUAUCCAAGGGAGUAAACAAAGAGUUGGAGACUCUAUCUUAUAAUUCCCCCUUUUAUCUUGCCUGUAAAGAUGGUCAUGAAAAAGUUGUUAAACUGUUUUUGAAAUACACCAAGGAAAAAAUGAAGACGUCAUAUGGAGUGGAAGUGCUCCCCUUGCUUCUCGGUGCAAUCGAAUCUUGCAACAAAGAAAUUGUAAAUUUGCUUCUUGAAAAUGGUGCUAACGUGAACACAAAGGAAAAGUGGACUAUGGAAAAUCCACUUUACGUGGCAUCUGGUGUAGGAAAUCGAGAUAUUAUGAAAUUGUUGAUAGAAAAAAAAGCUGAUGUGGAACUAGCUGCAAAGAAAGGAUUUACACCACUUAUCAACGCAUGUAGAAAUGGCUGCACCCAAGCUGUGCAAUGUUUGCUAGAAAAUGGCGCAAGUAUUAACAAACCUGAUGAUCACAGUUGUACACCACUUCUGCAUGCCUCAAUGAAUGGACAUUUGGACACUGUGAAACUUUUACUUGGAAGUAAAGCGGAUAUGAAUUUACAUUCAGAUGGGGGAAACAGUCCAUUAUAUAUUGCGUCUUUCUGGGGACAACCAGAAGUCGUGAAAGAAUUGAUACGAUACGGCGCCGUUGUUGACAUUGAAAACGACGACUCUCAAACACCACUUUCCGCCGCUGUCUUCAAUGGUCAUCUCAAUGUGGUUGAAGCCCUUGUUCAAAAUGGCGCUAAAGUGAACCAAAAAGUGGACGGCGACGAUGCACCACUCCUGAUUGCAGCAAGACAAGAUCUGAACGAUGUUAUUAGUAUUCUUUUGAAAAAUGGUGCUGAUGUGAACUUUAAAGACUGUGAAAAAGAAAAUGCACUCCAUCAUGCCUGUCAAACGGGAAGUAAUGAUGUUAUUGAAACUCUUCUUGAUUCUGGAAUUGACAUAAACGACCUCCAGAUUGAAGGAUACUCUGCAUUAUACUUGGCAUUAAUGACACACAAUAGAAGGACAGCUCUGAUUUUAUUAGCACAUGAUCCAAACGUAAGAAUAAUAGCUGAUGGUAAGAAUCUUGUUUCUCUUGCCUGUGAGGCUGGUUUUCUUGAUGUGGUAAAUAAACUUGUAAGCAAAGAUGCUGAGGUUAAUCCGGAAAGCGAUGGAAGACCAUUGUCUCCCGACCCAUUGAGCAUAGCAGCAGAAAAUGGUGAGCUAGAAAUUGCAAAAACCUUGAUUCAACACAACGCCAACGUAAAUGGUACGAAUUCUGACGGCGAAACUCCCCUUUUCUAUGCUACAAAAGGGAGUCAUUGUAAUAUUAUGAAAUUACUGAUUGAUUAUAAAACAAAAAUUGAUAUUCAGAAUAAAUAUGGAAAUACGUGCUUGCAUUUGAGUGUUCAAAAUCCAUCUAGUGAUGACGUUAUGCUGUUUUUGCUAAAGAAUGGUGCAGAUGUUAACGUCUGCAAUGAAGAUGGAGUGACCGCUUUGAUGGUGGCUACUGAAGAAACACAGAACAUCCGUGAUAAACGAAUAAGCGCUCUCAUUGAACACGGUGCAGAUGUUAAUGCACAGGAUAAGUUUGGAAAAACUGCUCUUCAUCGAGCUACAGAAAAUUUUCACUUGAAUGUGAUAAAUAUUUUACUUAGUAAUGGUGCUGAUGUGAAUUUAACCGACAAAGAAGGGGUUUGUCCACUCUCCUUUUUGCCUUGUCAGAUCAAGGAAGAGAUGUAUACACGCUUUAAACUUGAUCCAGUGGAGAAUGUCGAAAGAAAAGGAUUUCACAAGGAUGGAAAUGUUCUUGAAGAAGAUUCUGAUACGACUAAUCAGGAAUCUUCGGAGUUGGAUAACAAUCAAGAACCUUCAGUAGUGUCUGAACAAAAAAUUGUGAUGGUUAAAUUUAAUCCUCUAGGCCCAGCGCUACCAAGAAAACGAAGUCCAUACAAAAUACCUGUUCGGCGAUGAUUAAAAAGAUUAAACGUUUAUAUUUCAACACUAGGAAUCCGUAUGAAAGUAACGCAUGAAGACAGUAUACACCCGGUAAUGCUGAUAAA